CAUAAGUCCCCGUACAGCAACAAUAGGUUUGUCACACCAAGUAUGUUGCUAAUCAAAACCCUGGAGUAUCUAUUCUACCUGGCCCUGUUCGCCUUCAUGUGCAAAUAUGCCCAGGCGGCCAGCGUCCAAGCCACAGAAGCAUCGACUAUUGCCACAGAACCUCUAAGGAAGCCGCAAAAAAUAGAGACGCCUCUCAAUGAGUGCGAUGCUUCGUCAUUCAGCUGGAUGUGCCUCAAGAUAGAGCUGGUCAAGAUCAUGGAGAGGCUGGCCGAGCAGCAGGAGCUCAGUGUCUUGCCCGGCGUUAGUGUGGUUAAGGAUGAGAGUGCCACCGAAAUGAAGACCUCCGAGCUAAUGGCGGAGGUGGCACGCAGCUAUCCAAGUGAUCCCAAUACCCGUCUGAAUGGAUACAUAGUGGCCAAAAUGGAGAAUCUCCUGAAGACGCGCUUCCUUCGCUUCCGCUUGCUGGACGACAAGGCCCUGGUGGAGGGACGCAAGCACAAGUUUGGCAAGAAGGGCGGUCUGGAAGCUCUAGUGGCAGCCGGUGUCAUGAUGAAGGGCAUGCUGAUGGCCAUGGGCUUGGGCGCGAUAGCUCUUAUGGCGGGCAAGGCCCUGAUGGCAGCUCUCAUGGCUCUGACGCUGUCCGGCGUCCUGGGUCUUAAAAGCUUGGCCGGCGGUGGCAAGUCAACCACAUACGAGAUAGUGGCCAAACCCAUUUACACCUCAAGCCACUCCCACUCGGUUACCCACGAGGAUGGCCAUGGACACACGCCACACUUUGCAGCUGGAGGCGGCGGAGGUGGUGGCACUGCCAGCGGUUUCGGCUACGGUGGAUAUGCCAGAUCUAUGAAGCCAGGCAGUCAAAUGCAAAAGCAGUAG